ACUUUUGUCCAUUGACGCCAAAGCAAAAAUAUAUUGAUGAUAAGGGAAGACAAGUAUGACUCCUAAUGUGCAACAAAUUAAAAUAUUGGUCUUGAGGGCAUAGUUCAGGUUCUAUUUUAUGCACCAAACAGAAUUAGACUUGAAGGCCAAGAAGCUCAAAACAUAAAAUAUGCAAUUUAAUCAUCUAUAAACAAUGCCUAUCCACAAAGGACAAUUAUAUUAACAAAUAACACAUUCUUACCAAGCCAUAAAUAAUAUCAUGGCAAUGUUUGUGAUCAGAACAAAACGAGGUCUAGUUAAACCUGCCAAGGAUACUUUAUUCACCACACUAGACCUAUCAAUAAUCGACAAAUUACCAGUUCUAAGAUGCAAUUUUAGAACCUUACAUGUGUUUAGACAUGGCCCUGAAGCAGCAAGGGUCAUAAGAGAAGCAUUGUCCCUAGCACUGGUUCCCUACUACCCUCUUGCAGGAAGACUCAAAGAAUUCAAACCACGGUGCCUCCAAAUUGAAUGUUCCGGCGAUGGUGUGUGGUAUGUUGAGGCGUCAACUGAUUGCACCCUUGACUCUGUCAAUUUCUUUGAUGACAUGCAGUCAAUUUCAUAUGAUAAUCUUCUUCCUGAUGAUAUUCCUGAGAUCGAACACAUCGACCCCCUUGUGCAAAUGCAGGUGACACAAUUUAGUUGUGGGGGUUUUGUGAUAGGCCUGGUGUUCAGCCAUAGCAUAUGUGAUGGCCUUGGUGCUGCACAAUUUCUAAAUGCAGUUGGGGAGCUAGCUAGAGGACUUGACAAACCCACCAUUGAACCAGUGUGGCACAGGAACUUCUCUCUCGCUCCUCAACCACCUGCAUUGCCAAAACGACCUCCUGCAGAUUCACCUCAAAUGCCACACUACAAGCUAGAGCAUGCUAACAUAGACAUACCUAUGGAUCAAAUCAACCGGCUGAAGAAAGAGUUUCAACAAGUAACUGAACGAAGUUGUUCUACCUUUGAUAUUGUUGCUUCAUUGUUUUGGAGCAGCCGAACAAAAGCCAUUAAUUUUGAUCCCAAUACCCAAGUGAAGCUUGUGUUCUUUGCAAAUUGUCGUCACCUCAUGGAGCCUCCUCUUCCCAAUGGUUUCUAUGGAAACUGUUUCUUCCCCGUGACAACUACAGCUUCAUGCGAGUCACUUAGAAAAGCACAUAAUAUUGUUGAAGUGGUGAAGCUGAUCCAAGUUGCGAAGGCCAAGUUACAUUCAGAGUUUGGAAAGUACUUGAAGGGUGAACAUUUAAAAGUGGACAAUGAGGUUAAGGAAGACCCGUUUGCACCUACACCGAAUUAUGCCACACUAUUUAUGUCUGAGUGGGGGAGGUUGGGAUUCGAUCACGUGGACUAUAAGUGGGGUCCACCGGUCCAUGUGGUCCCCAUUCAAGGCUCUAGCAUCGUACCAGCUGGCAUUAUGCGCUCGCUUCCCCUCCCCAACAGAGGGAUUCGUUUGGCUACAUGGUGUGUGGAGGAGGCACAUCGCCUUCCUUUCAUUGAUCAAAUUCAUGGUGUUAUAAAUCAGCAACUGUUAUAAGUUUCCCCUUGCCAGAUUCUAAUUGUCGUUGCCUUUUUUAAUCCACAAGAACAAAAUGUUAUGGUUCAGAGAUAAAAAGUUGUCAGGAACCUAAAAUGCAGUUUCUGUUGUCUUUAUUUUGUAAUAUUCUCUUUUCAAAUAAAAUGUAUAUUCUAUAUGCA